AUGGCAUCUAGCAGGAAGCUGCUGAAGCGUGUGUUCAUGUCGCCCCUGCUCGCGCUGCUCUUCCUAUCCGGCGUUUUCAAGGUUGCAGGCGCGAGCAACGACACCUCGUCUGACGGCGCGAGCUACUUGCGCAGCUCUGGUGCCAGCGAACCCGCCGCCGCUACCAGGGGCAGGUCGCUGGCGUCGCCACCGUCGCAGAGCGUGUUCAGUCUCGACCAUUACGGUGCCCGUGGCGAUGGACGGCACGAUGACACGCAGGCUCUGGAAAAGGCAUGGAAAGCGGCGUGCGCCUCGGCACAGCCGGCCGUCGUGCUCGUCCCCGAGGGCAGGCACUACCUGUUGAAGCUCGUCGCCCUCUGUGGCCCUGUGCAAGUCCAGUGUCACGUUCACGGUGAAGGGCACUCUGGUUGCGUCGCCGAACCGGGCGGAUUGGAGCGACAAUGA